CCAGUGUACGAUAGGGCGCCCACCAACACGUUCGGAAAACGGGAAAAUUCGUUGUCUGUUUUAUUUCCUCUCCAUAGUGUGCCUCUCUCUUGUCGAACAGACGGAUGGUUCUUUUCGGUUGAAAAUGUCAAUAUUCGCUCCUGCUGGUGGAAAUCGCCAUUGAAAGUUUGAAAAUCGGUCAGGCAACGUGUUACGCAGCACGGGUUCGAAAGUGAGGAUUUUCAAAGUGCUCUAAAGUGGUUAAGUCGGGUCUUCCGGUGCCAAUAAUCGGAACAGGAUUGCGGUGUGGGGUGAGAGACAGAGCAGAAAAAAGCAAAAGUGGGCAGAAAGUGCACAAUACACACAGGAAGACUCUGCCCCUUCACGACUUCGUGGUACUCGGCUCUCGGCGCUUCGACAGUUCUUCUCGUCUUAUACGUAGAAAUAUUGAUUUUUCAAAUAAGGUGGAGAAUUCAAGACAUUGAAUACGCGAGUUUCGGGUGGUUUAAAGUCGGCAGCGAAUCGGAAGUGAAGCAUUUUUUCGGUGUGAUGUUGGAAAUUCCAGGAUCCGGUUAUGAUUAAGUGUGGCGCAAGGGUUUGGUUGGUGCUGAAAAUUCACGAUUGUUGGCAUUUUCUGGCACUCCGGAGGUGUUAAUUGUAUUGUGUAGCUUUCGUAAGCACGAAGAAGGAGGAAAAAAGUGGUGGCAUUCCAAACUGGUUCUCAAGGCGAGGAUCAUCGUCGUUCAUCGAUUCCGUAAAACUGCCCAUAAGAAGGCUGAUUUAGAUAACCGAGACGGAUCGCAGAAUACCAUCGGAAGAUGAGCAGAGAAGUACAGAAGGAAAAUAGCACCCCAUCCAACGAGGCCCACCAAUAUGUGGGGCCUUAUCGUCUGGAACGAACGCUAGGAAAAGGUCAAACUGGCCUCGUGAAACUAGGAGUGCAUUGUGUCACCGCGAAAAAAGUGGCAAUUAAAAUUAUCAACCGAGAAAAGCUCAGUGAAUCAGUGCUGAUGAAAGUGGAAAGAGAAAUAGCUAUAAUGAAGCUAAUUGACCACCCACACGUCCUUGGCCUGACGGAUGUUUAUGAAAAUCGGAAAUAUUUAUAUCUGGUGCUGGAGCACGUUUCCGGUGGUGAGCUGUUCGAUUAUCUGGUGAAAAAAGGCCGCCUAACGCCGAAGGAGGCACGCAAGUUUUUCCGGCAAAUCAUCUCAGCGUUGGAUUUCUGCCACUCUCACUCAAUCUGCCAUCGGGAUCUGAAGCCAGAAAACCUGCUGCUGGAUGAUAAAAAUAACAUCAAGAUAGCUGACUUCGGAAUGGCCUCCCUGCAGCCGGCGGGUUCGAUGCUGGAAACGUCCUGCGGUUCGCCCCAUUACGCCUGUCCGGAAGUAAUUCGGGGCGAAAAAUAUGACGGUCGGCGGGCGGACGUGUGGUCCUGCGGAGUCAUCCUGUACGCUCUGCUGGUCGGCGCGCUACCAUUCGACGAUGACAACCUGCGACAGCUGCUGGAGAAGGUGAAACGAGGCGUGUUUCACAUACCCCAUUUUGUACCGCCCGACUGCCAGAGCCUGCUCAAAGGCAUGAUAGAGGUGAACCCGGAGAAACGACUAACGCUGACUGAAAUUAACAAACACCCCUGGGUAACCGCUGGCGGCAAGGGGGAACUGGAACUCGAACUGCCCAUGAUGGAAGUCGUCCAGACGCACGUGAUCCCGGGUGCCUCCGCCGUGGACACGGAUGUUCUGAACGCUAUAUGCUCGCUAGGUUGUUUCAAGGAAAAGGAGAAACUAAUUCAGGAACUGUUGAGUCCCAAUCACAACACGGAAAAGGUUAUUUAUUUUCUGCUGCUGGAACGAAAACGACGACGACCGGCGGUGGAAGACGACGAAGAUGUGCUCAGACCUCGGAACGAUAUUAUCGAAAUAGCUGAUCCCCCGCGGAAAAGGCUGGACACCUGUAGGAUCAACGGUAGCAGUAGUCUUUCAUAUGGCCAGAUUAGUGAGGGUUCGCCGCUGACCUCCAGGAGACAAACGUUCAACAAUGGCCGUAGUCACAGUAGCAGUCGACGUUCACCUUCAUCUGUUCCUCUGUCACGCAGCUCUUAUCAAAGUCCGACGCGGGGGGUUGUCGUUAACGCUAGUCAACCACUGUCACAACUACACCCUCCUUCGUCUCCCAACUCUGUAAUUAAUCGACAUGCGAAUUACUCGACCCGGGAUCGCAAGUCACAUAUGCUUGAUCCCUCCUCACCAGUGCAUCAUCGGGCCAAUUCCGGACCAGCCAUCACGGUCGGGCUUUUUUCGGAAACUGAUUCCAAUAACAUGACCUCGUCAAUAAAUGCCAUCCCUGGAUCACCUAUUCUUGGAAAUCCGCAGCAGUUGGCGGCGGUUACCACUGGUAGCCAACUGUGGAAGACAAGGCUGACAAACAUCAAGAACAGCUUUCUUGGAAGUCCGAAAUUUCACCGAAGGAAAUUGCAAAUUUCUAACGAAGAAGUGCAUCUAACCCCGGAAUCAUCGCCUGAGUUGACGAAAAAAUCAUGGUUCGGGAACCUUAUGACAACGGAGAAGGACGAAACUUUCACGGUACUCGUCAAAGGAAAACCCCUUGCGACAGUUAAAGCUCAUCUCAUCCAUGCCUUUCUAUCGAUGACCGAACUAUCGCACAGUGUGCUUUCGCCAAUGUCUUUCCGUGUGGAGUACAAACGAGGUGGCACCGGACCGACCAUGUUCCAGCGGCACGUCCGGAUACAGGUCGACAUCAAUACGAUCUGCAAGCAGGGCGAUGUCAACGAUAUGCUGUUCGCCAUUACGUUUACACUGAUCUCGGGCAACAUUCGUCGUUUCCGUCGUAUCUGUGAGCAUAUCCAGGCCCAAGUUUGUUCCAAACGCUAUCCAGCGUUGGCGAGCCCGACGAACCAGCACAACAAGGUUUCCACGACGUCCGUCGCCGAGAGCAUAUCCUGCGGGUCUGAUUCUAGUGAUCGAGUUAACUACAACAAACACGAGUCGGAUAUAGAGACGGAGACGUUUUAUGAUAACUCCAGCACUGGCAGGGUUCGACGUUCCUCGGCAACCUCGUCCAACAAAAACUCCGUGUCGUCCGAUGAGAUCGAGAUUAAAACGGUGCGCUCAAGCUCGGAAUCGACCGAACGUGAACGGGAACGCAGCGCUGACCGUGCGGCGGCAAUGUCCGGUAGUGCGUUAGUAUGAGAGUUAUUUCUCUGAUAGGAUUUACCGAACACCAUUCCCCUCGACGGUGACGAUUCGGUCGAGUCCCAGUCCAGACGUGCGCUUCGACAGCCACACCCAACCUCGUCACCGUCGGUGGUGGCGGCAGAUGCAGAACUCUCUGGCGACACUAUUGCGUUAUCCGUAUCUACUGCUAGUACUGAUCCUAUUGCUCCCAACAGCGAUUCCACGCGCUCUGUCGAAUCUAACGCUUCGAGUGAUGAAACCGCAGACUAGAUCACAACUACGGCAACAAUCCGAGCGAACUAGUCGAACACAGCGAGGGUGGAGAAGAAAACACUAACUAAUAAGCUUUGUGUACAGGAAACUUAGUAUUUACAAGAUACAACAUUAGGGCUAUUAUCGGCUGUUGGCACAGCAUCAUGCUACACAAAUUUGUUUUUGAUUUUCAGUCUCAUUGAACCUUAAUCCGUUCCAUUUACCAGUAGUUAUCCCCAUCCAUUGUAGCAAAUGCUCACACGGAGUUGACGAUAACACAUUUUUGGACAGGUAGAGAGCGUUGUCACCCCGAAAAAUGAUGAACGCUCAACAUUCUAGUCAAUUCGGUCUUCUAAAGACCGUUAUCCAAACUUUACUGGAGUUUUGAAGAAGAAAAAAAGAAGUUCUUCAACAGCACAAGAUCAAAAUAGGACAAAAAACUCUAAUAUACUACAAUGAUUCCAAAAAGAAGAAGAAAACAGUGAAACACGAACAGGGUCGAUGAGGUUUGAACUAUAUCAACGUUGUUGGGAAGAAGCUACUAAACACUCUUAGAGGAAUAACACACCCUUUACUAUAACAAAAGUAAGUCGCAAACAAGCGAUGCAUAGGAAAAUGUUUAAUACGGCAAAACACUCAACAAAGGCGUAGAAAACGAAAUCUAGUCAUUAUUGUCACGAACACGUACUCACAUACACAUACACACUUUAAGUGGGAGGAUGAAAUCGAAUAGCAAGAAAAGCUUAUACAUUGACACAAUAGUUAUUUCUGACCAACAUAGUAGACGGCUUUGAAACCUUGCAUUCUGCGCACACAUUCAUACACGGUCGAAUUAUCGACGCAAGCGUAGAAGAAAAUGACAGUUCUACAUCAACACCACAAAAAACUAAAAAAGAGUAAAAAGUUUAUUUUAGUACUGGACAAAACUUAUUCUAAACAAACGCGGUGUACAUAUUUAAUAAGAGAAAUCUUCAAUCGAAACAACUACAACUACAGAUUUCAUCUAAAUAAUGAAACAACAAACAACAGAUAUAACAAACACUGACAACAUUCCGAUAUAUUCCUUAUCAGGAGCAAAAGAGUAACCACGCAUGUUGAUAUGGCCUGGAAACAUUCAUCGUGAGACCUAGAAGUAGAACUGCUUUUUUGAAUUCCUUUUUCCCUAAUGCUUAUCGUUUUCAAAAUCCAACAACACGAAAUACUCCACUUCAUUCUAAACUGAUUUCUUGAAUGUCUCGUAAAAAUGUCAAUAACACCGAUGGUAUUCGAUGAGGGAGAAAAUCAAACAAACUAAACGCUUAUUAGUUUUUACGCUACAAAAAUGACUACAAAUCAUUGAUAACGUCGGCUUAUCUAGAUAAAAUCCACAAAAUGGGUGGGAAAAUAUACUCCACAAACAACCAAAAGUUUCGAGGGGAAUUAAUAACAAAUGUUAAUCAAAUAUCGCUUAGUUAGUAUAUCUUUCUAUCUCAUCCGAAAGACAAGGAAAAACAUACAGACAUACACACGCGAACAACUAAAGCAGCGAAACAAAACAAAAACAAAACAAUAGAAAAAUAAUCGAUGCAUAACUCACACUCUAUAUGAACAUUGGGAAAGUUGUGGAAGACGUUUUUCAAAACACAAACAAAAAAUAUAAACUUAAUAAGUAUCUACACAAAAAAAAACAAACGAAAGAAGAGCAAACCGUGAAGCUAUAGCUACAACCAAAUACAUCGCCAAGGCUUUGACGUAUAUAUUCCAUAGUCAAGAUAACAAAACUGUACGGGAAGAAUGAACGGAUGCCAUUUUGAAUGCUGAUAGAAAGGCUGAGGUUGAGAAUUGUAAAUUAAUCGAUCGAAAACGUGGACAAAACAGAGCAACAGCAUGCAAAUACUCGUGCACAUUGCGCGAGAAAUGCGCUUUGUAAAUUUUGAACAAAUAAAGGAAUACUUAAAAUAAAUCAAUCAAGGACAGGACAAGCUGUAAAAAGAAAACAAGUGCAAUGAAGGUGAUUGAUUGGAAGAAGCUGAGUGAUAUCCGGAGUGCACGUCUUUUUCUAGGCUGAGCACUUCCGAGAUGCGAAGUUAGCAAACGAUGGUGAAACUGUCACGUCUCAUCGCUGUAGGAUUCAAUACCAUGUUUUGUAAGAUAAGUAUUAUUGUUCGCAAUGAACAACGGGAAAAAAUACACAUUUGACAUAAACACGCCAUGAGGAAAAAGUGAGAAAUUA